AUGGACUGCGGGAGUGCCGGUACGACUGCGGGCAUCGACCCCAAGAUCCUCGAAAACUGGCAAUCCGACUCUGCUUUCUCCAUUGCGUCGUGGGAACAUCCGCCCGAGUGGGAUACCAGCCAAGACUCGAGUCAGGCUGAUGCUGCAGAUCUGGUGGACUUGGGGGCUCUUCAGGGGUCCUUUGGCAAGCGUCAUUCCAAUGCGCCGCCUCUGAUGGGACAGGGUGUGCAUCAUCAUCCUAGUAACCAAGACUCGACCUCGACUUCGACCUCGACUUCGCCCGAGAAAUUCAGCGUUCCUGAUGGUGCUGUUGAAGGCACUGUUAGUAGUAACACCGUCAGCCCCCGUACGCUUCCGUCGUCCGCCGAUGAUAAUUUCCACUUGGAUGAAUCAUGGCCGCAGUUUCAGUUGUUUAACCCCAUUACGGCUGCGAUGCCUAUCGAGCCGCAGUCCAUGAUGUAUCCGUAUGCGAAGGAACCGACCGCGCCGAACAAUACCGUGAUUGUGGAUGAUGGCGUCGGGGACCUGUCCAAUGGUCAAGGGUUCUCAUCCCCGGAGUUCCAGUCUGAGCAGUUUAUGCCGUUUUCCAACGUGCCUUCAACUUUCCCGCUUGCUACGGAGCCAUGGCCUGAGACUAACCCCGCCGUACCGGAAAAUACUCAUUUACCGCAACCACAGAUGCCGCUGAUGGAAUCCCAGCUGGCAUCGAAGGAGAUGGGACCCGUGCGCGACUUCCACGGCUCGAUGCGGUCGCUGGAGUCGCGUUGGUUGGAUAGUAUUGAGGCUCAGUUGCCCGCUGAUAUGUCCGCCUCGUCCGGUUUUAGUAUGGUGCCCCUGGAUUCGAGUGUUCAGGGACAGGACCGAUUCCAAUACAACUCAGAGAGCUCUUCCGUGUCGGAUGAUGUACCGGGAGUCCACGAGUCGUUCUCGGCAACAAGUGAGGAGAUCCCAACCUUCGCGGAACGACAACUGGACGAUGAGUCGCAGCAGACUACCGCGUUCAUGGUCAGUGAGACACCUGCCGACUCGUACAUUGUCACCGGUCCCUCCAGAUCCAGAGCUUCAUCCGGCGCACAGCGACCGUCCAACAGUCGGACGCCGCUUGCUUUACAAUCAGUGGCUACAGUACGCAAGCGCAAGCCGCGCGGCUCAAACAUGUCCAUAGAUCAGAGUCUGCCCAAGCCGUUGCAAAUUGUGCAAGAAGAUGGUCAAGGUGGAUCUGUCGCUUCUGCGGACUUUGUGUCGCCCCCUCGUGGUGCUCGUCGGAAGGGACCUUUGUCGAUGGCUGGGAGGGCGAACGCUGGUAUGCGGAGGAAGAACAAGGAUACUUGUGUUCAGUGUCGAUUGAACAAGCGGAAGUGCGAUGGCCAUUCUCCAUGCGAUGCCUGCCGCCCUACGCUCCAUGAACAGCCUUGCGCCCGUGCUUGUUUUGCCAAUAUCGUCGAAUAUGGCACGUGCAACUAUAUCUCGCAACGUGCGAUCAACCACCCGACAAUGGAUAGAUCCGGUCGCGUAAGACUGGAAAUCCCCAGCGAAUUCGACUUGAAUUCUUUGCUGUCAUUCCUUGGCGAACGUCAAGGGCGAUUCAACAUCCGUGCCAGUCAGGCAUGGGGAUCGCUUUAUGUCCUUGACCUAGGAGAGACCUAUCGGUUCUUGAAAAGUCUCAGUGAAUACAAUGGCAACAACCGGUCGAGCUUCCUUGAAUUCAUCGACCGACGUAUCGUCGAGUCGAAAGAUAAAUCCAAGAACUGGUUGACUUGUGUUAGGGACUGCGAUCCCAUUAACAGUGUUUACUCACUGCUAUCGCAAUGGAACAACAUGCCCAGCCGCGCAGCAUACAGCUUCGUCCCCCUGGACCCCACCGACCAAGAACGUCCAAUGGACAUCCACAACCCCGAAGACCGUCGUGAAAUUCUCCUCGCCGCCCAACUGUCCCGCAUCUUCUGCCGCAUGCUCGAAGUCGAAGGCUUCCGCAAACUCGAGCGCGACUUCUACAACAUCAAAUGGAAGCAGAUCUCCCACGAGACCCACCUCCGCUUCCUCUCUGAACUAGGCCACAUCCUCCUCUCGCUCCGCUGGCGAGUUUCCUGGUGGAAACGCCUGGGUGACGGAGGCCGCGAGCCAGAUCCCAGUAAGCAGCACUAUGUGGAUCGCGUGGAACUGCUUUGCCGGAUUCUGUAUGUCUACUACACAUGUGUUCUAGCGAAGUUGCCCUCGUGGUCGACUUCGGAUGUACCCAAGGGAACGUGGUCGACGUAUGCGGACUCGGAGAAUGCGGUUUGGGAUGACUUCCCAUUGGAUCCUAGUGACUCGGGAUUCCACAACUGGAUGGCCCAGGGAUCGGAAUUGAUUGAGCAGGCUGGUGUGCCCAACAAGAUUUCGAAAUUACGGUAA